AUGGUCAAGGACACAAAAUUCUACGACCUCUUGGGGGUCUCUCCCAGCGCCAGCGACAACGAAUUGAAAAAAGCAUACAGAAAAGCGGCCUUGAAAUACCACCCAGAUAAAAACCCUUCCCCUGAAGCGGCUGAAAAGUUCAAGGAGCUCUCGAGAGCGUACGAAGUGCUCUCAGACGACCAAAAGAGAGAAAUCUACGACUCGUACGGUGAAGAAGGCUUGAACGGCGGCGGCCCUGGUGGUAUGGGCGGUAUGGGCGCCGACGACAUCUUCAGCCAGUUCUUUGGCGGUGGUUUUGGUGGCAUGGGCGGCAUGGGCGGUGCCUCCCGUGGGCCCAGCAGAGGCAAGGACAUCAAACACUCCAUCUCGUGCACGUUGGAGGAGUUGUACAAGGGCAGACUGGCCAAGUUGGCUUUGAACAAGACGGUCUUGUGUAAGUCCUGUGAGGGUCGUGGCGGUAAAGAAGGCAAGGUCAAGCAGUGUAGCACCUGUCACGGUGUGGGUAUGAAGUUUGUCACCAGACAGAUGGGUCCUAUGAUCCAGAGAUUCCAGACAGUGUGUGACGCCUGUCAAGGUACUGGUGACAUCUGCGACCCCAAGGACAGAUGUACCGCCUGUAAGGGUAAGAAGACCGCCUCUGAGCGUAAGAUCUUGCAGGUGCACAUUGACCCUGGUAUGAAGGAUGGUCAGAGAAUUGUGUUUGCCGGUGAAGGAGACCAGGAGCCAGGCAUCACACCUGGUGAUGUUAUCUUCGUGGUGGACGAGCAGCCUCACGCCAAAUUCCAGAGAAAGGACGCCGACUUGUACUACGAGUGCGAGGUGGACUUGUUGACUGCCUUGGCUGGUGGUGAUGUCUCGUUCAAGCACGUUUCGGGUGACUACAUCAAGUUUUCCAUCAUUCCAGGAGAGGUGAUCUCCCCAGGAUGCUCUCGUGUCAUUGAGAAACAAGGUAUGCCUAUCUACAGAUCUAGCGACAGAGGUAACUUGUUCAUCAAAUUCUCUGUGAAAUUCCCCGAGGCCCACUUUGCUUCUGAAGACAAGUUGAAGCAGUUGGAGUCUAUCUUGCCUCCAAGAACUACUUACGCCAUUCCUAAGGGCGCCGAGGUGGACGAGUGUGACUUGUCCCACGUCGACCCAUACAAGCACAGCAGCAGCGGCAGAAGAGAUGCAUAUGACUCUGACGAGGAGGAGGGCGCCGGUGCCGGUCCUGGUGUCCAGUGUGCCUCUCAGUAA